UAUAUAGCCUACGGAUCUACGUAAAGGGUGUGUGUGUGUGUUUAAUAUAUUUGUAUUUCGUGGUCUGUUUUGUUUAACUCACAUGUGUGCUGGAUUAGUGUUGCCUUCACCAGGAUUGAUCUAAUCUGUUUAAUCUCUAGAAUACACUGACGUGAUGGCUUAAACUAAGAUGAUAUUGUUUUGGGACACAUGGAUGUACGCAGAGUCCCAGGUCCACCAGAAACUACAAACGAGGUCACUUCUACUAGGGAAAAGUGUCUUAAAGCACUUAGUGCUAAGGAUGAAAGCAAAUGUUUCGAUUAUCAGUUGACUAGUGGUCAGUAUGGAACCAAAGACUCAGGAUAUCCCAGUGGUGUUGACAUCGCUGGCCACGCGCAGUCAAAAGAGACCAAAGACGCCGGAUUCCAGAGCCCAAUGGAGCUAGGUCAGACAUCUCUCCAGCAAACCGUUCUGGGUCAAGCAUCUGGUGAGGGUCAGAAGAUGACAUCCACCAAAAGAUCAAUAGACCACGAUAAAUUACAUGAAGAAUCCCAGUCCCAAGCUGGUGUGCAGUCACCAGCUUCAGUGGUCAGCGGGCAGUCCCCGUCUGUGAAAAACCAAGAAGGAAAGAAGCCAGCCAAAACACGUUCUGUUUUGGCUUCUUCCUCUACCUCGGCCCUGGCAACUCUACAGAAGCAACAAGCCAACACCACAGUGGUAAUAGACAAAGUGCUCUCCCGAGGCAGAAGGCCGUUCGACGUAGUUUUGAAAGGUGGCGCCCCCUGGGGUUUCGCUUUGAACGGAGGAAAAGGAAUACCUCUUUAUAUAUCUAAGAUUGUUGCUGGUGGCAAGGCCGGUGACUCUGCACUUGUAGAAGGGGAUUACGUUUUACGGGUGAAUGACAUCCCUUGUUCGGACGUUGGUCAAGCUUUGGAUAUAGUGGAUACAGCAUUCUCUACCCUGACUAUUACAGUCUUGCGGGGUCAUUGGGACAGUCCAGGUGGUCCAGUGAAGCCACUGACAUACGCCCAGAGAGCCCAGGAGCUGAAGCGGAAAGAACUACACCGGCAGAGACACAGUGAUGACAGUAUUGUGUACACUCAGUCCAAGGUUAGCCAGGCCUCGGCCAUGAGGCCAACCAAGAGGAGGGGGGAGAGCUUCAAUGUUGGUAGAUUAAGCAGCGCUGGACCUGACAAAAACAUUUCAUCUCGAGGGCAUUCUGCCUCCUCAGAUCCGCCUUGGGGGAAUCCAUCAGACCCCAGGCGGGCCUACUCUCAUGACAACAGUGGCCGCUACCCCGAUUCCCAGUACUCAAGUGGACAGUCUCAGUGGAGUAAAAAAUACAGUGCUGAGAUUAACAGAAGGAAAUCCGAUGGCCAGAAUUUGUCCGCCGGCCUCAGCUACAGUCAGCAGCAACACCAGCAGAGGCAGCUUCUUCUGUCAAUGAAAUCCUCGCCAAAUUUGGCCAAAUCCGAUGGAAGUGAAGGCGCCCACGAAUCUGUUAUUUCACCCAAAGGUACCUCUUAUCUCUCUGCAAAGUCCAGUCCAAAUAUCUUUGACGAAGUCGGACUGCACGAUGCCGACUCGAGGGCACAUUCUCUGGGCAUGCUGCGCUCGUCUUCGGAUUUCAGUAUGAAGCAUGGUGGCAGUGUUGGCAGCAGUAACAGGAUGUAUAGCCAGGACUAUUACAACUUGGAUAACACUUCCAGGCAGCACACGAGGCGCUCGCUGCCCUCGCACACCCUCCUCCACAAGUACCAGCCAGACUACGAGAAUGUCACUCUUCUAGGCAGCGAGCUCGGGAGUGAGAAGAUCUCUGAGAUCAUUGACAUUGACGAGGUGACUGGCAGAGACAGCAAUCCACAGACUCCGGAUGUUAAAACCAGCAACCCAUUCGGUGGCGCCAGCCUCCCCACGAGGGACCCUUCCAGCCUCAAGUACAUCAAGGUGAACCAGAACCAUGAGAAGUAUCCCUCGUGGCCAGUCACCAAACCCAGCGGCGCCUCGGAGGAGACGCAGCCCAUCAAUACCCGAGCCCAGUCCAUGACGGACAACACCAACACCAGCAAAGAGUUUCCACAGAAGCAGAGGCUCGCCUACACGCCCGGCCUCAGGCCCUUGGUGGAGAAGAACAGUCCCGUGGCCGAGCGAAAGGUCGAGGGAAGGAACACGAGUGACCCAGGCAUUAAGUCAGAGUUUGUAUACGACAAAGUUGGGCGAGUCGUUCGCAGGAAUAAUGAUGCGGUUGAGAACAGGUUUGAAGAUUUUUACAAAAACUCUCAGCCAGGUUAUCCGCCACCCAAAAUGGACCCUGAUGGACAUAAUAUUGGGGAUAAAGAGUACAGUGCCCCAUCGCCGCCUGAGAGAGAAGGCAAAGGGUUAGACUCUCAGGAUGUCUCCUCCAGACUAACAGGCUCCAAUGACCAGAGUAGAUAUCAUUGGGGACAUUAUAAUCGACCAAGCAGCACUCAACAGCCAUCUUCAAAUACAUAUUUGGAAGGCCACAUUAGUGGGUCAAAUGUUCGACCUUCAAAUUUAAAUUUAAACUUUGAUAAAAAAAAUGUAGACACUGGGACCAGUCCUCUAGACCAAGGCUCGCCCUUGAAUUACAGAGACGUGAGGUCGAAUUCUCAAGGUGACACAAACUAUUCGUUGCAACUACAGCAACAGCAAAGUAGGCCAAGAUCAUGGCAUGAUCCUUUCAAAGGAUCUCCUCUACAAAGCUGGCAGGAGAAGAACUCUCCACAAGAGAACAGGCAGCAGUCCCCUAGCACUCCAUCCUCCCAAGCUUCCACGAGGGCCAGACAGAGAGAUUCUUACGAGAGGCCUAGCCCCAGUGGCGAGAAGGAUGUGAGCAAAGCCUACAUUGUCAAGUCAACUCCCUACUACAACACAAGCACCCAGACCGAAUCUGUGCCUUAUGCAAUCAAAUUGUCCAACCCUGCAGCAACCUCAGCCAAACUUCGCAAUGCCGAGAUUCAGGUGGGAGAAUAUGGCACUCAGACCUCUCCGAAAACUCCCGAGGAUCAGAAAAAGAUGUUUGAGGAAAAGUCUAUUCAGGCCAGAAUGUCUCGAGAUUUCCAGAAUACGGAAGUGGACAAGAAACUCGGUGCCUACUACGAAGGAACAAAAAACAACGAAACUAUGUUCAAUUUCUUACCAAGCUUUAACAAAUCAACGUUCACUGACAUUCAGAACAUCCACGCCAAAUAUGCCACGGACGAAAGUCCAGAUAUGAACGCCAACAGUGAGCAUCACGCCAACUCUGCCCCAGCCUUUGACCACAGUGUCUCUUUGCUGAGAAAACUGUCGGAGGAAUUUUACGGCAACAAGCUGGACAUGACUGGAGACAAACGCAUCACUUCGCUACAGGAGCAGUCACCAAAGUUUGAGAUUUCGGCGAGUUCGUCCUCAGUGUUGCAGCAGCCUGGGCUUCGGGAGGCAGAGUCUUAUAGCAGCGUAGUCAUCCAUCAUGACGAAACUGGCAGUCUCUUCGGCCGAGAAGAAUACGGAUCAGUAUCCAGCAUUGCAGAUUCUUCUAGAACUGAGAACUCGUAUCCAUUCCUUGAUGUUAGUCAGAAAAAUGACGGAGGUUAUACAAAAGGGAGGCGAAGUCUGGAUCCUGUGUUCUUGAACCAGAAAAAUAGACCUCAAAAUAUGGAUUUAAGGUCAUCGGGGUCAGGUUUUCAUAGAGAGAUGAGCUCCCCUGCAAUGUCAAGCUAUCCCAGCAGCACUUCUAAUGCUUCCACGUCAAAGUCUUAUUAUGCAUUUCCCCACAGCGCCAGCGGUUCUGAUCUUUCGGGGAUUUCCAAUCGCAAGAGUUCCUCUUCCGAUUCCAGAUCGUCACUAGGCGGCACACCGUUCAGUAGUCUAACAGAGUCGAGUGUAAGCAUGAACUCAAAUGAGCAGACUCUUACCACUUCAUUGCAGUCCAAAGCUGCACCGCAGUCCGCACCUGAAGACAGUAAGAAGAAGCGCAAUGAUUCGGAUUCUGUGUUCAUUUCAGCCGAUGACGAUCUAUCGGAUUACCAGUUCAAUAGGAAGCCAUCACUCAGAAAGGCGUACGGUAUUUACGAUGAGACAGAAAGGCUUAUAUCUCAAUCGACAUCUUCCUCAGCCAAGUCUGUGAACAAAGGGAAAGAUCCUCCUCGACCCUCCCAGGACGCUGGGAGUGCAUCCAAUGUCUAUGUUCCCAUGUCUCGUGGAAUGAAAUUUUCAGAGUCUCAGACACUCGGGCUGAUUCAGGAGGAAGGUGAUAACCCCAAUCUGCAUUCAGACAACAGCGGCGUGUCAUCCUCUCUGUCCAGUUGGAGUCAGUCUGCUGGGCGCCAGCAGGAACCACCAAAGUACUCCUGGCAGAGUGAGUCCUGGCUUAAGAGCCAGGCUGAUCUGGCCAAGGGCACUAAUCUAAAACGAACGAUAUCAGAACAAAUACCCGUAGUCAAACACACAGCCCCUGCAUUUUCUAGCUAUGACACGGACAGUGGUCAGUUUCGCAUGACAGAUAAACCUAACACUGUAUUUCCAGGACCUUCACCUACCAGCUUGGACUACAAAUCAUCUGAGCUCAACGUUGGUCACUUAAGAACUCACUCUGAAGAUCUUAGCCAACUGAAUGAGCCGAAUUUAAGGAAACUCCAGCAGCAAGCACUGCUCUCCUUUAUCCAACGAAAGACACACGCCGGUGGCACUCACUCCAGGGAUUUCUCCACAGAUUCUUCUAUGUACGAGUCGAUAGAGGGCAAUAGUAGCGAGUCGGUCGCGGACAUCAUCUCCAAGGCCAAUGAGAAUUUGGCCAAAAGUGCCCAGCGUGUGGACAGCAUCCGCAGAUCCAAUUCCACCUCGUCCCGCAGCUCGGACUACAUGGAGAUGACCAAGUAUGACCGGAUGCGUAGAGAAACAGAAUGGAGCAAGCUGAGGUCCUCGGGUUCUCUGAGAUACGGCCCCGAUGAUGAAAGGAGAUCCAGGAGCUCUUUCGCCUCAGAGAAUCAUUAUGAGGAUAUCAGUAUUUUCUCUCCUUCCACACGUGACUCCCUGGCAGAAUCUGUGGAUAUUUCUGUGGAUACAAGAAACUCUGAUGCAAGUAUGGAUAGUGGACUUGUGGCCUCGCCCACAUACCAAAACUAUCAAAACAAAAGGCGCCCUCCGCCGCCACUUCCACGAUCGCCCAGCCCCGAUGCUCCACCCGCACUCCCCCCGAGAAUGUACAAAGAGUCCGAGUUAUCCUCCAUGGACGCCAAGGACCAGCCACAGGGUCAAGGGGAUAAGGCCCGAGCCAACACCGUGCCCCUGGGGAAACAGCUUGAGGAUCCACAAGUGGACAGCACGAAGAGAGACUUCCGGAGCUUGAUGAGCCAAUGGGAGAACAGCUCCCCGAGAGAGGACAAGUACGCUGCCGAGCUCCGCAGGCAGGCCCAGAGGUUGACGGGGCAACAGCAGCUGAGUGCCAUGCCCAUGACUGUCUUGCACACGAAGCCCAAGAUCAACGUGGCCACAACGUACAAGCGUGAGCCCACGCAGCCACAGGAAGCCACCUCGCCAUCGUCUUCUUCCUUGUCUUCCUCGUCAGCGUCAUCGUUGCCUUCAUCGCAAACGAACAUACCGGCGCCCUCGGCGUCUCCUACUUCGUCUUCAGCCCACUUCCAAUCCUCCACUAAUAUCUCAUCCGUCAAACUUCAGCCUCGUUCUGAUGGUGCGUCUCCUGCAACGUCUGCUUCGAGCGUCAUUUCCGCCGGGAACUUGACAAACAUGGCGCCGACAUCGUCUUUGGGUAAAAACUUGCCUCCCCAGACCAUAUCUUCAUCCCCACCUCCUCCACAGCUCCCCGAGAGGACAUUCUUCUCUGAGGACUCGAGACACAGGAGUAGCUCUGAGGUCCUGCAGGACAACCAACUCACCAACCACAGCGCGGUGAAUCACAAACCCAUGCUUCGAGAACGCAGCGCCUCGGAUCACGAUGUGUUGUCGGAGAGGCGCCAGCAGCCCCAGGAGACAUACAUAGGGGCCACUCCUGACGGCACGCCCAUGGCAGUAACUAAAUAUCGCCAGGAGCAAGGUUCAGUUGUUUUUUCGACCAGUUCACAGUUCAAGUCUGGAGAUAAUACUUAUACAGAGGGACAUCAUGUUGGGUUCGCCGAGGAGUCGUACAUUGGCCAUAAGAACAAAUCCAGCCGUGCUAUUGGCACCUACAAGAGAUCCAAGUCUGCGGCUGUUCUCCAGGGAAACAGUAACAGUGUGGACGAGGAUGACCAGAAGCUCGGACAACAAUCCUGGAACAGUGAGUCCGUCUUGACGCAGGACAACCCGAAACAAGAAGAGCCUGGGUCCGCGCUUGUGGAAUCGGGGCAAGGUGCACAUUUGCAUAAUGAUAGGGUCGAACCUAUCCAUGAACAAAACCCUCUCCCGGCCCCCGUGCGCCCUGCCAGGCCCAGCACGUACGGUCGAAACUCAUCUCAGACCAAACCUAUCCCACAAGUGUCUCAGGAAUCUUCUUCUGGUUUACCUGGAAACAUUCACUCGGGGGACUACAGACAUGAGAACCCUCGAACUGGUGCUCAGCAAACAUCUGUUGAGCCUGUGACGUCAGACCAGUCCCAUGGAACCAACAAGGAUACUCGUUGGGCUAGCCCAGACAACUCAAGACCUGCUCCGGGCAAUAUACCUCUUUCUCAGUACUCACCACAGCGUAGGGCCCCUACCAAUGACAGCAAUCAUUGGUCUGGACAAAAUAACCAAGCCACAUUGCCUAACUCUAGUCAGAAUAUCUAUUUCACAAAGGCAUCGGAGCAAGAACCGGCUGUGCCCCCGAGGGACUACCAGCGGCGAGAGAGCGCCCCCUUGAGGUCAGCGGCGUCAACUUCUGGGUCUGACCUUCUCAGCGUGAGUGCCGACACCCCUCGACGCCGCUCGGACAGUAGUGUCAACACUUCCCGCUCCGAUCAUAGUUCCAGUGACCUGUCCACGUCUGGCCACAGCCGCCAACCCUCCCAAGAGGAGUUGGAAUGUGACCAGAAGGCACAACAGCUGGCCCAGAACUUGGCUGACAAAGACCAGAAGUUAUCCGAGGUCCUGAGGCUGGACUCCACCAAGAAACGCAUGCAAUACAUGGACGGUCUGUUCUCCGAGUCUAUGGACGGCGGGCCUAUGGACAGAACAUCUUUCAGCUCAGAUACAAGGUCCAGCUUGAAAAACAGGAACACGUUACCUAAUCGAUCUAGCAGCUCGUCGGAGGCACAGGAAAUAUCUAAAAGGGGCUCUCUCCCCAAAGAGUACUGGAUGUCUCCGUCCAAAGCACUGCUGGAGAUGGAACUGAGAAACAACGAAGAGGUCACUAAAGACAUCACCAAGAACAUCAAUGACAACAACUCACUGGUCAAACAAAAGGAAGAGCUUUUAGAAAAACUUCAUAAGAAACUCCAUGUCCUUAAAGAUGAGAAAGAAAUGCUUCAACAAGAAAUUGCUGAAAAUGAUCAGCUUGGAAAACAGGUGCAUCAAGUGAUCGAGACCAAGUGCCAGACACAAAGUGAACGAGAAAAGUUUAAGACCUACAUCGAUGACCUUGAGAAGAUUGUCAGGCUGUUGUUGAACCUGUCGGGCCAGUUGGCAAGGGCAGAGAAUGCAGUACAAGCCUUAGCCCCAGAUGUUGAUGCUAAGCUGAGAAAACUCACCGUAGAUAAAAGAGAGAGACUGCACUCCAAGCACGAGGAAGCCAAACUUCUGAAAGACGACAUCGACAAGCGCAAUGAGCAGCUGUCCUUGAUACUUCGUGAGAGGUUGGAUGAAGUGGAGUUUGCUGACUACAAUCAUUACAUCAAGAUGAAGUCCAAGCUAACGAUUGACCUGCAGGAGAUGGAGGAUAAAAUAACUCUGGGCGGGGAACAGAUAGCGGAACUAAAGAAAAGUAUCCCUGACCCUGGCUCGGGCAUGUAGUGCCGUUUGACCAAAGACUAACCAUAAUGCAACUUUGUACAUCUGUUUUUGUUUUUUUUUUUUAUCUCAACUUAACUUGCAUUUGACACAAAGUCAAAGAAAUACAAAAGAAUUGCAUCGACAGCACAUUCCAUAAAUUUCGCCAACUCUUAAAACUCUACUAUAAGUGCUAGAGAGUGCUCUGACUUCUGGCUGACUGUUUUUGGAUCAAGAAGUCUGAAUUGUCACCUGUUGUGAAUUGUACAUUACUUCAGACUUGAGCUUCUUGAGUUUGAUUUUAGAUUGUUUCCUUUCCCUUGCUACCCUGGUAACAGUUUUUAAUCCACACUUUCCCUGAACCUCUCUGUCAAUAUGUUCUACUAAAUCUUGUAACAAUGGUUGGUGUGCAUGUGAUGUUGAUGUAUGCUAAUAGUAACCAACAUAGUCAAUGUAAUAGUCUACUUAUGAUCAAACAUUUUAUCUAGAGAAUUGAAGAGGCCUGUCUAGGUUUGACCACAGCUAGGCACUAAGGCUUCGGAGUGGUCAUUUACUUGUAUGGUUAGCUUAUGACCUGUUUCCUAAUGUUAUCUGUACAUUUAUGGACCAACACAUACUGUGUUCGAAAAUUAACAUCGAAGCAGAUAACUUAAAAUUUUCAUAUUGUGCAGUCAUAACUGUGUCAAUGUUUGAAGCCACUAGGAUUCAUAUAUUCAACGAUCACUUAUUUCCACUUCUCUUUUGUCAGACCCUGAUGGCCUGGAACUUGAUCAAAUGCACAAAAUAAAUAGAGUAGUUCUAAAAUUGGGAGAGUGUAUUUCAAUCUAUGCAUUCAAGAAAUGAUCUAAUGGUUAAACUUUAAGUGACCUUUUGACAGUUGUCUAUAUAUAAUGUGCACAAAAUGGAAAUGUGGAUUCUUUUCUAACCAACAUUAGAAGACUGCUAGAACUGUCCUGACAUUGGGUGUCCUUUGAGAGUUCUAUUUCUAGAUGCAUGAUGGGACUUAUUCUAUUUCUAGUUCAAUGAAGUGGUUUUGUAUAUUUGACUAAUUUUUUUUUCAAUUGUUACUACAGUUUGAAACUAGAAACUAUUUCAUAGCUUGUCCCAUUUGGAUUGACCAAUGUGAUUUCAUUUGUGAUUUGUUUGAGUCUUGUCCUACUAGAUGAAGCUGAGCUCAGUGGUAGGUCUGGUUGUGAGAUCCAUUUUCUUCUUCUUCUUCAUUGUUUUCUGUAACCACAAACAAUUUGUCCACAUAAUUUAUUGUUUUGAUAUUCUGAUGAUCUUGUAUGUAUAAUAAAUAUUUGCUUGACUCUAUAA